GUUUUGAUUCGGUGAACUGGUGAAAUGGUGACGGCUUGAUGUGUGGAUAUUUAGUACAUUUUUUAUAUCUUGUUGUAAAGUUGAUGUUAGAAUUAAUUUCCAACCACCAGCAGUGAGGCUUCUAGUGUGUUGUAUUUUACUGCCAUUGAUAAGUUGCUAGUUCAUUGAUAUUAUGUGCCCAUUUUUUUGGUAAAUUUCUGCUGUUGUAAUCUUUGCAUCAUCCGCAAAGAGCAGGCAACGUUUUUCCAAUUAUCUAUUGUCCAAUUUUGAAAAACCUGUGCCGUUUGCAGCCUCAGUUUCAAGUUGUGUUGCACCCGUUGUGGUCUUCUGCUGCUGUAGCCCAUCUGCUUCAAGGCGCAACGCUUUCAUUGAUGCUCUUCUUCAUGCCUCUAUUGUUAUGAGUGGUUGUUUGAGUUAAUGUUGCCUUUCAGCUCAAAACCAGUGUGGCCAUUCUCCACUCGUCGCUGCUAUCAAGAAGAGAACUGCCACUCUCUGGAUAUUUUCUUGUUUUCUCUGUAUGGUUGUGCGGGAAAAAUCCCAGUAGAUCAGCACUUUCUGAAAUACUCAAACCAGCCCGUCGGGCACCAACAACCAUGUUAAAAGUCACCUUUCCUCCCCGUUGGGAUGCUUGGUUUACUGCUUUAUUUGUUUGUUUGUAAAAUUGGUCACAUAUUAGCGAAAAUGCAGGCGCAAGUUUGUCACAAGCAGCAGAGGUCAGCAGCAGAGGAGACACAUUCCCACUUCAAGUAGAUGGAGAGGAAAUGAAGCUCAUCUGCUUUAUGAUGAGCUGCCAUCACUUUGGUUUUUAUUUGUCCAAGUUAUGAGUUACUUGAGUUAUUCUUUCUGUCCUCCACUGAUAGACACACAUCUUAUCCUCACACGGCUCAUUCCCUUUGCUUCAUCUAGUGAUUAUCAGUGUUUCCUCCCCGGUAUCCGUUUCCCUCCCGCAUACAACGGGAGGACAAUUAGUCACGAGUUUUGGCUGGGUCCUGUCUCUCGAAGCGCAGGGGACAUAGAAGGACAAAGAGAGACGCCUGUCUGAGUGGGAAAAGGAGAUAAAGAAAAGAGCGCUUCACUAUCAGCAGUUAGGAUUCUUACUGUAGCCUGUAAUGGUUUUGGAUCUUGUCUAAAUAAUCACUUCCUGUUGUCAUAGCUUUAACUUAUAUCCCACAGAACAUCCUAUGUCUGCUACUGGGCUUUUUUAAUUCUUACCCUCUGUAUUUUGCCAUUGCUUUCUGAGACAUGGCUCACUCAGCUUUACUAAGCUUGGGCUGCAUUACACAAUUAUGCAACAACGCCUCCAUAACAUGACUUAAAAUGGAUGUUGGGGCUUUAAAUCGCUCGUUCCUGAACUACUAAGAUGUUGACCAUCGCCGCAGCUAAAUAAUGCACUCCUUCUAUAGAAUAGGGUUACUAGAAUAGUGGUAGCUUUAAAGCUACACGUGCCAAUACUUGGUCCGCCUCCCAGAAGCCCGGGCCGUUAUAUGAUGUGAAUGAUGUGAUGAAUCAUUUUUUUGCCAAACUGUUACGCUCUGCGGGCCGACACCGGUCUUAGUGGUCCCUGGUCGGUCCAUUUGUUGGCUCGCUUUGCUAUUUAGUUGCAUUGUGGGAAAUGUAGGCUCCAACGUUUUGUCUCCUGUGAGUCUCCAGACUUUGUGAAAGUGCAAUGUCACAUUGCAGGACUACCUUGGUUAUUCUGAGAAGGAAAACAUGAAGCAUCCAUAGUUGAAGCUAAUGAGAUACUCUGACAGUUAUAUAAAUUGACUGGGUUAAAUAGUGUAAGAUAAUCUUCUUUAGGUAUUGAUAUGACAAACAAUAUUAUAGUCCAGGGGAGCAAUGUCUUAGUCACACAGAGAAGAACGUAUUUGUUUGGUCUAACAUGUUGUUUUAAAGUAAAAGAAAGCUCCAGUACCAGGACCUUUAUGACAGAAUCACAAUGCAAAUAUACCGGGUGGAGGCGAGCUGGAGAUGGAUGGAGCGGACGGAGAGAAAGAAUGAGUCACGAUGUGGAGAGAGAGAGACAGAGAGAGAGAGGGUGAAACGCAGCGAGGCCGGCCGACGUGGGGAGAGGGACGUCACAUGGAGGGAGAGCGAGGUAGGAUGAGAGGCAGACACGCAGCAAGAAAUAGAGGUGGGGGGGGGGUGUAAGCCGGUUGUUUCCCCUCAUGAGUUUGCAUGUCGGGCAGUGCAGACAGCCCUGCCUCUUCCUCUGCUACGUCAGCAGAGCAUAGCGGAGGGAGCAGGACUGCCCUGACGCCGACCGGAGGAGAGCAGCACUCCAGCCAGAAGAAGAAGCCGGCUGCUGCAUCUCUUCAGUGGACCUCCUGGAAUCUCUUAUUGACAUCACAGAGCUCUUUUCUUUGUUUUCCUCCUCACCCUCAUUGUGAGCCCGCCACAACAGAGGAGCUGGAUUGAUAGAGACACAAAGGAAUCCCGCUGCUUCCAACUCUCCGGUCCUUUUGGACUGUUCUUCCUCGUCUUCUUGCACCGUCAAUCAUUCAGCUGUCACCGCGAGCGUAAUUUUCGAGGUACAGCAUUCAAGCUGGAGGUCAAGCGGAUUUCAGGCUGGAUCAAACAGAUUGAGGACUAGAUCCAACAAACACUAAACUCCUAAAGGCUUUGAACUACAUCAAAUGGAUUCUGGAGUAGAUCUGAGAUCCUGGACUUUCUAAAAACUGAACUCUCCACUGUCUGGUUCAUUCCUCUGUGUCAACCUGUGUGGAUGUCGAAGCCAUCUUACUAACCUUUUACCUAAAAAGGCUGUUUGGUUAAAGACAGACUUUGACUACAGAUGUGGAUGCUUCUGCGCUUGUCGACCAACAUCGGAUGACGAUGAGUAGGAAAUGGUGUUGAUGAUUGUGUUCCGCGGUGGUGCUGACAAAUGGAUACCUCAUCACUGCUGACUCACCACUGGGCCAAAGAUGUCACGCUCCAUUGCUCCCACAUUAGAAUUAAAGCCUUUAAGGUUGACUGUGUCUGGGGAAAAAGAUAAGCAAUCAAACAAAUGGGAAAUUAAGUGACAAUCUUGCAUUUGUUUUACUUCGGAACAUCUGAGGACAUGGCAGUAGCUGCUUACCUAGUAUCCAAUUGUCCUCAGAGGUAAAGAGGACUCAUAUGUUCAUGUUUUACUUGUUCAUUGUCAAGGAAAAUUGAAGAGCAGCUUGUCAUUUCUUUUUAAUUCUUCAAUAGUGGCUCAAACGUGCAGUCACAAAUCAUGUGUCUCAGUUUGUUUUAUUUAUUCAGUUUAUAGCCCUCUUUAAACCAAGGACGACCACAUUGAUUGCUUUCUUCUUCAAUACUCACCCUGCUCACUUUGUUUGGAAAGGUGAAACUCAAACCAAGUUUUUUCUUUGGACACAUCAGAAGCAGUUUUUUCCCUUCCACUUGGACGGCAUUUAGACAUACCAUGGGAUAACUACACGUUGAACUAAGUGCUCAAGUAACCCCAACUUCAACAUGGUGGUGACUCGUCUGGAGCUGGAGCUACGCUACCAGGGCAAGAAGCUCCGUGGCGUGACGUGGAAGUUGACUCGGUCAGAACAUGGAUUCAUACCAGAGAGCUCCUGGCUGAUUGCUGCCCAGGUUAUAGUGCCGUACCUGGUGUCAGGGCUCGGACUGGUCUCCGCCGGUAUUGUUAUGGACCUUAUACAACACUGGAAGGUGUUUAAGGUGAUAACAGAGGUGUUCAUCCUGGUGCCUGCGCUGGUUGGACUCAAAGGAAACCUGGAGAUGACGCUGGCUGCUCGCCUCUCCACCGCGGCCAACACAGGACAAAUGGACGACCCCGAUAAACAAUGGACCAUGGUGUGCAGCAAUCUGGCACUGAUACAGGUCCAGGCGACUGUGGUGGGUUUCCUCGCGGCCGUGGCAGCCGUGUGUUUGGGCUCGUUUUCCAGAGGGGGGAUAGAACUGGACCAGGCAGCUGUCCUCUGUGCCAGCAGCAUCACCACAGCCUUCGUCGCUGCUCUUUCCUUAGGCCUGGUGAUGAUCGGAGUGAUCAUCGGCUCCAGGAAGGUGGGCAUCAACCCCGACAACGUGGCCACGCCCAUCGCUGCCAGCCUGGGCGAUUUGAUCACCCUGUCCCUGCUGGCCGGGGUCAGCAGCACACUCUACGAAUAUAAGGAUAUUUGGUACCUGUCCCCCCUGGUUUGUCUGGUCUUCCUGGCUCUGAUCCCGCUGUGGGUGGUGGUGGCCCGACGGAGCCCUCAGAUCAGGGAGGUUCUCCGCUCGGGGUGGCAGCCUGUUAUAGUAGCCAUGUCCAUUAGCAGUUUCGGAGGCCUUAUACUGGACAGGACGGUGAGCGAUCCCAAUUUUAAGGGCAUGGCUGUCUUCACGCCCGUCAUCAACGGAGUGGGUGGUAACUUGGUGGCCAUCCAGGCCAGCAGGAUCUCAACCUACCUGCACUCCUGGAGCAUCCCAGGGGUGCUGCCCUACAAGAUGAGGCAGCACUGGCCCAAUCCCUGCAUCACCUUCUUCUCCUCAGGGGUGAACUCCAAGUCUGCGCGGGUGCUCCUGAUGCUGGUUGUCCCCGGUCAGCUGGUCUUCCUCUACGCCAUCUAUCUGCUGCAGGGAGAUGAGGCGCCUAUCUCUGUCGCCUUCACCGCCUGCUACCUGAGUGCUGCUCUGCUUCAGGUGGCCAUCCUCCUUUACUUUGCCGACCUCAUCAUCCGUAUGAUGUGGAGACGGAGCCUGGACCCUGACAACUUCUCCAUCCCCUACCUGACCGCCCUGGGGGACCUGCUGGGCACGGGCUUUCUGGCCCUUUGCUUCCGCUCCGUCUCGCUGGUUCAGAGCCUGGGUCUCUGAAUGUUCCCCCUUUACCCUGAACUCUCAGCCAGCCACUUUUCUCGUUGCACCAAUUUUGUUACGAUCACACGGAGAUGCUUUUGAUUGGACAAUAAAGCAUUUUCUGAUGGUUAUCACUGGGCCAGUUCACACCGAGGAAUCUGUUCUUGGUCAUAAAAUCAAACCUUUACAAUGACGGAGCGGCGGCAAAGGUGACACCCACUAAUUUACACCCAUUCAUCUGGGCGAAGGAACACAUGCCCAGCCAACCUCAUUCUUUCAUUUGAGGGCAAAAGACUCUAAAGUAUGUAGAAGUUAUAGUUCUCUGUCCGUCAAUGAAUUGAACAUUUUUAUUAUUCAAUCAUUCCUCUUUAUCUGUCUUUUAGUUUUCACUAAAUAUGAGUUUGGUGGCUCUGUGCUCACGACAUUAUCUCUUCGGCUUCAUCACAGGAAUUUUUAGCAGCUUCACGUCAUAGCAGGAAGACUGAGCCACUGGUCCGUUAGCGGCCAUCUGUUUGAAUGUGCAUAGAUUGGAUCCACGUUUGGCUGGGCAUUAAUGCUAGAGGUUGUGGAGGUUGACGAAUGUAAUACGCUUACUGGAGUUUUUAUAGAUGGACAGUUUGUCCAAAUGGGACAGAUUUAGUUAGUAAACAAACAAGAUGUAACAUGUCAAUUAGAGAGCUUUAGAGACAGAUUCUGACAUGACAAAAUGGUCUCCCCCGUUUCCACUCAUAAUGCUAAGCUAAGUUAGCCGGCUGCUGGCUGUCGGUUUUAUAUCAUACUUUUAACACAUACAUCGGUGUCAAUCGUUUCAUCUAACUCUCAACAAGAGGGUGAAUAAGCACAUUUCACAAAAUGUGGAGCUUUUUCUUGAAAGGUUUGGAGUUGGAUCUGUUCAUGUAAAAAUCACUUUGCAGUUCUACAACCACCACCAACCAAGCAUUGACAGCUGUUUCAUCCUCUGCACUUCUUCCAAUUCAAUUGCAAUGCAAGUCACCAAAAUGCAAAACAGAUGAGAGGACAUAUUUGCCCUGAUAAAAAAAACACAACUCUGACUAAAAUCCCUAUGAUGCAUCACAAAUACGGUCUCCAGAACGUCUAACAUGUAAUCAAUAUAUUGCUUUUCUUUGCACAUACAGACAUGGAAUGUAAUAAAUGUGGCACUUGCAAACAGUACUGCAGUGAAGUUAAGGAAAAGGGGUUCAAAGUUCUCAGGCUGGAAGGCAAACUGUUCUAACUCCUGAAAUAGAGGUUGUGAUAAUGCUUUAAUGUUAUGACUUUUCAGGCUGAUUAUUUUAUACCCCCAAAAGAGCAUAAACCUGAAAAAAGUGCAGAUACUGCACUCUGCCAUUGGAUUAUCUUCAAGGAGCUGUUGUACAGCAUCUACCAACAAAAUGUUUUCUCUCAGCUUUCUUAUCCAUUUUAACUAGUUUGUUUAGGAAAAGUAACUAACUUUGCUUAUUUCUUACAGUUCAUAGUUUAUAGAAUAUAGUGAGUGCGGUGACGAGUCCUACAGAUUACAGAUUACCAAACCUGAUGCGGACUCAAAGCACAAUGCGAUAACUACACAGCUUUCUUUUUAGGUCCGUUUUGUCAUUUCUCAUUAAAAAGUAGUUUUCACUAAAAUUACACAUUUGUAUGGCAAACAAUUUUUCAUAUAAUUAUACAAAUUUCCUGGAAGUCACAAACAGAUUCUAACUAAAUUUUGACCAUAAAUGUAGUCAUUAUGCACUAAUAAUUAUAAGCAAUGAGAUUCUACAUCAUACCAGAAAUUGUUCAAAGGUCCAAACUAUCAUGUUCCAAAGCACUGUGAAGCCCUGAACACGUGUCCACACCGCUCACUAUUAGUGUAACAGUCUCAAUAGUCCAGAUCUUGAGCUGCCAUUCAAUGUAUAAAACAAAAACAAUGAAUGCAGACGAUUUCUACAUUGUUUUUACCCGACAGCCCAUGUAGCCGCAGGGAAUCCCUCACUACUUGAUAUAACGUCCUUUUAAAUGGAAGGUCCACAACGCCUUACUGUUCAUUAUGAAAUCAUCAGAAACCAUAAAACCUCAUCAUUAGAGCAGUGAAUGCAUACACAUGAACACGUUGGUCUCAAAGAUGUGUUCAGACAGAUGGCAAAGCCAAUGUUCCCCUUGCGUCAUUCACACAAAUGAGACCACUGGGUUGGGAAUUCAGAAUUCACCUUUGUUUUUCCCCCCAGUCUCCAGUCUCUUACUUCUUCUUACUGUACGUUUAUGAAGCAAAUUCAUAAAGCCCUGGGAUGCGCUCAGAGUUGUUGUUCAAAUUGAGACCGAUUUUCUGAACUGUCAUUUAAAGUCAUUUUUAAGUGUCUUGAUUUCCCAAUUGUGCAUUGUUUCAUCGUACAUGAACACAAAAGAUUACAAUAAGUAUGAAUAAGAAACUACCAGAGUAUUAAGAGAUCAUAUUCUGAAGUAGACUGGGCAUCUCUCAUUUCUUGAUGUGUAUACAAGCUUAAUCUCAAAACAGGAUUUCUCAAAAUGUAUGUGUAAAUGCACUCAUUACGUCACAUGAAACAAUUCUGCUUUUAGCGUUCGCUAGUAAAACCUAAUUCUAGAGACAAACCGCAUUAACGUUGAAAUCUGAGGCAUUUCUACAACAGCCUGUGUUGUCCAAAAUGAAUCUAUUUCAGUCUUAGUAGGGCUUUACACAGUACUUUCUACACUAGGAAGUUAUGAAAUAAAGAUAUGUACUAUUUGAAUCACAGUUAAUAUCACUGAAUGUGUUACCUGUGAUACUGUGAGACUUAGACCACAGCUAAGGUUGUGUUGUACCAGCACGAGUGUGUCUGAAUCAGUGGGGCUGGAUGAUAUAUCUUUAACUGUGUUCACUUGAAUCAUUAUUUAUUGUGUUAUCUCACUUCUGAUGUUUGUCCUAAUUAGUUACAGUAUGACCAGUGAAACAUUCUAGACUUAUUGGUUCAUUUAAUGUAUAGAUACAUGUACAUUUUUGAUAACGACUUCAUUUAGGUUGGUAAUGAGAAUGGUAAUUUAAAGAAAAAGUUCAAUGUUUUGGAAAAUAUAUUUUUUUCACUUACUG